CUUUGUAAAUGUUUAAAAAAUCUUUUUAUUUUUAUUAAAUAUUUAUUGCAAAAAUCGAUUAGCAUGCGAAAAGUACUUGAUACUCUUAUAUUCGUUUGUGAUUAUUAAUAAUUUAUUGUCUUUACUAUACACAUACGUCAUGCAUGUUUUACCACAUAACACCAGCGCUGCUUGUCACUGAAAAUCAGUAAUCAAUAAUAAUCAGUGUAUGAAGGAAGACCUCAAAAGUUUAUUAAUGUCAUUUUUAUUUCUGCGUAGAAUUUAAUAACAAUAACAGUAAAUAAAAAACAUAAUUAUGGAGUUUAACGUAAAAAAGCUUGUUAAGGAUGCAGGAGCUGCACUUAGCAGAGUUGUUCAGCUUACAGAAGAAACACUUGGGACUUCAGAAAAAACUGAGCUUGAUGCACAUUUUGAACAUCUUACUGAACGUGCAAAUACAACUAAAAUGUGGACUGAAAAAAUUCUAAGAAAUAUGGAAGCAAUGUUAACGCCUAAUCCUGGUAACAGAAUUGAAGAUUUUUUUUAUGAAAAAAUGGACAAAAAAAGGCCGAAUAGAUUGAGUAACUUGGAAUAUGUCGGAAUAGACAUGAUUGAGGCUGGCAAUGAAUUUGGUCCUGGAAUUCCUUAUGGUAGUGCCUUAAUAAAAGUCGGACAGUGUCAACAAAAAUUAGGACAAAUUGAAAGAGAUUUUAUUGGUACUGCUGCUAACUGUUAUAUUCAGCCAUUAAGAAAAUUCUUAGAUGGCGAAAUGAAAACAAUCACCAAAGAAUUGCAAAUUUUAGAAACAAAAAGACUUGACUUAGAUGCUUGUAAAAACCGUGUUAGAAAAGCCAGAAGUAUGUUGGGACAGCAAAGUGAAUCUGGUAUAUCACCAGAAGUUUUACUUGAUCAGGCAGAGAGGGAGUUGAGGGUGGCACAAUCAGAGUUUGAUAGACAAGCAGAAAUAACAAAGUUACUCUUGGAAGGAGUUUCAAGUUCUCAAGCAGGACAUUUGCGAUGUCUUCACGAAUUUGUCGAAGCUCAAGCUCGUCAUUAUGCUCAAUGUCAUGCAACAAUGCAAGAACUACAAAGAGAACUCGAUGGGGCACGGCAACCAAGUCCUUUAUUGAGAGUCAACAGUGAAGAAGUAAUCGACCUAACACCUUCUUCCACGAAUACGCAAAACUCACCUAGUCAUCAGUCUCUCGCUACUUCUAACUAUGUUACUGCUACUUUUGAAACUAAUAUAUCUACAAUACAGAAUUAACGAAAUAAUUUAAUUUUUGCUUAAACUUCAAUUUUAAUAGUUUAUUAAAAAUUUCCUAAGAAACUGUUUUGCUCAAUAGCUGGAUCUAUCGCUUAAAAUUUUCCUAUUGAUAAAUAUGUAGAUAGCUAACGUUGUUAACGUUGAUAAUUAUUAUAAACUAGAUGAAUAGUUAAACACCAAUACAAUAUUUAAAACUUAUUAGUAUAUAAUAGUUAAAAAAUUAAUGAAUUUUAUGAAAAAAGAUAUUAUACUGUUUGCAGAUUAUUAAUUCUUCACGUUAUUAACUUUUUACGUUAAGAAACUAAAUUUUCAGUGUAUUGUUGGUUCUUAUUGAAACACUUUGAUUUGCAUGCUUAUUUGUGCCAUUGGAUGUAUGGAAUAUUUUUAAAAUGCUUAAAUUGAAGUCUAAAAAAAUAUUCAUUCAAUGUCUUUUUUUUUUAUAAUAAUUGAAUAAUGUAAGAUUACCGGUGUUUGUAAAUACUUGUUUAGUCUAACAAGUGGAACAUAUCAUUCAACAAAUCAACAAAAUGUUAAUGAACAAAUCAAUAACGAACAAGAGAAAGCAAGAGUAAUAUGUGAUUAUAAUGCAAGGGAUCCAACUGAACUUAAUUUGACACAAGAUGAGGU